AUGUCUAUCAAUAUUAAGAAGACCUCCAAAAACUCCAGGAGAAAAAGAUUUAGCGAUGACCAAAUCAAGUCACUGGAGACCACCUUCGAGACCGAGGCUAGACCGGAGCUACACCUCAAGCAACACCUAGCUAGCCAGCUUGGCCUGCAGCCGCGACAAAUUGCCAUAUGGUUCCAGAACAAGAGGGCUAGAUCAAAGUCCAAGCAAAUCGAGCAGGAAUACAGCGUGCUCAAGUCCAACUACGACGACUUAGCUCUACAGUUUGACGCAUUGAGGAAAGAGAAUCAAGCAUUGCUUACCCAGGUGCAGAAACUCAGAAAGAUGGCGGAUAACAAAGAUUGCGAGGAGAAUGAAAAGAAUCAAAUCAAAUUAGGAGCUACUGAGAUCCCGAGAUUGCUACUAGACAUUAAAGGAAAUGAGCUAUGCAUGCCAUCCUGCGAGGAACUGAACGGGAGAGUAGAUUACCUGGAGGAGGAGGCAGACGUUCUGAAUAUAGCUCAGAUUGCUGAAAGUUCCUUAGCAUCACCUGAAAAUGGAUGUAGCUUUGAGUCUUGUAAUUUUCUUGAUAAUACUGGCGGUAAUGCACAGUGGUGGGACUUCUAGAGUGAUUUACGAUAUAGAGUGAUUACGAUAUAGAGUGAAGAUACGUGUGAUAGAUUAGAGAGCAGAGUAUUUAGAACUAGGUUACAUAAACCAUACUGUAUACUUCUUCCAAUUUUGAUUUAUGUUUGCUGUAUGAACCCUGUGAAAGCCAUCUCAAAUUCUUGAGAUGGAUGUUCGUGAUCAUAAGGCAGAAUCCAGACUUAGCCA